CGUGCCGUGGUUUCGUCGAUCUGUCGUGGAACUGUCAAACAAUCGUUCGCCGUCAGUACGAUAAAGAAAACCGAAAUAAGCAACAUUUCCACAUAUUGACACGCAUUGCAACGUUGACAAAUUUAAUUUACCAUGGCAGACAAAAGAAAAACCAAAAAACGUAAAGAGGAAUACGGGGAGCCUCCCGAGUCAGAGAAGCCGACGCGCGAGGAGUACUCCGUGGCCAAGUGGCUGAAGGCCAACGUGCCCACCAAGAAGACCAAGUUCCUCAACCAUCACGUGGAGUACUUCACUGGAGUGAAAGCCGUGGACGCACUCCUGACGUCAAAAUGGGCGACAGGCAAGAAUCCCAUCUUCACAACGCGGCUCGAGGUCACAGACUACUUGCACCAGAUGCUGCUGCACAAACUCUUCCACAGGGCUAAGAAGGUACCAGUGACCGAACAGGAGUUAAAAGGCAAGAAGAAGAAGGAUGCGGAUAAAAACAAGAGUGGCGAUGAAAAGGACGAGAAGAGUCAGGUCAGCGCGAGUGAGGGAAAGGACACAAAAGACGGCAAGGACAAGGACAACAAAGAGAAAGAGAAGAAGAAACGCAAGAUCCGGCUAGAAAUGCACAUGGAGCAAGUAUUCCUGGACACUUUGGACGCCUACGUGUGGAUAUACGACCCCAUGCCGUGGUACUACUGGGUGUGCGGGGCGUUGGUCGUGUUCGGGACCAUCGGUGUCUGCAUGUUCCCGCUGUGGCCCGCUACUGUCAGAAAAGGCGUAUACUACUUAUCGAUCGCGGCCGCCGCGUUCCUGGUGCUUAUCAUCGCUCUGGCCGUACUGCGCGUGGUGGUGUUUUGUCUAGUGUGGCUGCUAACGUUGUCGCGGCACCAUCUCUGGCUGCUACCCAACCUGACCGAGGACGUGGGGUUCUUCGCCUCCUUCUGGCCGCUGUAUAAGUACGAAUACCGCGGCCCCGGCUCGGAGAGCGACAAGUCGUCUAAAAAGAAGAAACGCAAGAAAGACAAGCUCUCCGACGACGAGGAGGACAAGGCGCCGCUGCUGCCCGCCCCGCUCGCCAGCGACGCGCCGGCGACAAGGGAGGAGCCCACUGACACCAAAGAGGAGGCUCCCUCGCCGGGCGAGAAGCAGUCAGAGUCCGAAAGCGAGAACAGCCAGCGAUCGUCAACCGACCGCGACUUCGAGAUGGUGGACCCCCAGGACCUCGAUGAUAAGGAGGAACAGUAACUACACGGCACGUAACUUUAGACUAUAUUAGAAACAAAGGCUUGUUCAUUGGUAGGAAGACAUGCACAGAUGUAUUUUCAUCGUAUUUUUACGGAAACGUACGAACGUGUCUUGCUCUUUCAGUCAGUCUCAGUACAAAAAGUACAGACAUUUAUUGAGCGUAGGGAGCGUAGAGAGAGUAGCGUGACAAAUAUGAACGUUUCCGUGAAAAUACGAUGGAAAAUAAUUAUGCACUAUAUCCUCUAGCCGCCCAGAGGCCUAUAAAAAGGACUCCCGUUCCAUUCUAAUUUCAAUCUUUAUUUUUACAAACCAUAAUUGCAUUUGUAUUGGCAAGUUUUGAUGUCUGGGCGGCUAAAGGUAUCUGUAGGUCCUUUGACCGUCAAAGAUGUCAACUGACGGGCGCGGCUAAAGCCCAAACCUUCGUGCAAUCUAAAUGACGCGCCGCGCAUGAUAGCCGUGGCGUUCCAAGGAAAAUAUGUACUUUGAUUUUGACAGCUGAUGAAGGGACAUAAUCCGGUAAUUUAGAGGGUUGGGAACCACUUAAGUCGCUCGUUCUUCUAUUUGGUUAUCGCUCGAAUAUAUAAGAGGAAUAGGACAGAUAGCGAAAUUUUGAUUUUGGCGAUUGCCUGCUUUCGCGGUAACAUAAUAUAGUAGCACAGUGCCAUCGUCAGUUGUCAAACUCGGACUAAAUAACUCUCUUCUGCCAUAAAUAACUCUUUGAUUAUGAUUAGAAACAAAUUUGAGUUAUAACAGACGCCAGUGCACUCGGGUCGACGUAUAUCGAAUAAUUAGUCCUCAAAUUUUGGUGCAGACAUUUGACAUUUAUUCCAUUCUGUUAGAAAUUCUGUUACCAUUUUACGUAAAUUUUAGUAAUUUUGAUAUGCGUUGAACCAAUUUUAGUGUGACAUAUUUUUUUUUGACAAAAUAUAUCGUUUUUAAAUUUUUAUUCGUCCGACUCCUACUCCUGAACUUUUAUUUUUGACAAUGUUAAACAAACGGGUUUUUUUUCUUUCAUAAUGUAAAGUACCGUUAAAAUUAAUGAUUUUAGGUUGGUAUUCCACCUGUCCAAUAUCUUGGUCCAAUGUGCAUUCUCACUCUCUCACUAAGCAAAAUGUGAGAUGCAAAUACACAUUGGACAAAGAAAUUUGACAAGUGGAAUACCACCUUAUGGCCAAUGUAAAUCGGCGUAAUAUACGCCGCUAACUAAGUAGACAAGUUAUAGGUCAAAAAAUACUUGUGAAAUAAAGAAACUAUACUGGGUCAAGCAGAUCUUGUCAGUAGAAAAAGGCGGCAAAUUUGAAAAAUGUAGGCGCGAAAAGAUAUCGUCCCAUAGAAAAAUUGAAUUGAAUUUUUCUACUGACAAGAUUUGCUUGACCAUCACUUGUGAAAUACUGAGCGUUCUCACAGUGACCACCUCUUCCAUUCAUUUGUAGGAUGUGUAUGUCUUGGCGUUGUAAGAGUGUUUAUUUAUUAUUAUACGUUUUAAACAAUUUACGUUUUAGUUCACUCUAUAAUGUAUAGUAAAAAUUAUUUGAAGUGUAAACAAAUGAAAAUAUUAGACAAAUCUAUAAAAAUUAAAAAGUAACUCAGAUCUCAGGGCCCGGUUUUAAAGUUACUUCUAUACGAGUCGCCUUUUAGACGUCCAUUUGACCCCCAAAAGGUUACAUUAUAAAAUGAACCUUCCUACAUUCUAAUAAAGUUUAAGAUAUAAAAUAAAAUGUGCUACUUAUAUUAUAGUCGUGGGGGUCAAAAGGCUAAUAUUUAGACUUCUAGUUCUGUAAAACAUGGCCUUGGGUAUUACUCACUUAAUUAUUUAUAAAGCUCAUUUACACUGUUUUUAGUCGAAACUCGAAUUUUCAGAAAGUGCCUAAACACAAGCUAUUAAAGGCAUUUAAGGUUUUAUCCAAGAAACAUUAUAUAAGAUGUGGAAAGUUAAAGAAAUAUCAUGUCCCCGAGUUUGAAAGUUGAAGAUGACUUUACAAAUCUUAUACAAAUGAAGAAUCUUUGUUUUUUAUAAGGGGGUUAUUUUGGUCAGAUAAGUUUGAGUGAGCGAGUAGAGAUAUGUAUCCUGUAUAACGCUAGCUUCAAAUAUCGCAAGCGUUAGUGUGAUAAAUUUUAUACUUUGAGUUAAAUAGGUAUUUACAUUUUCAAUGUUUUCUAUAUAUUUUUGGUUUGUUAUAAUUUCAUGUGUCUGUAUACUUUUUACUGUGUACAUUUGUGAAUUUAUUUAUCGUGUUUAUAUAAAAUGUUAUCCGUAAUUGACGUUGAAUCUAAGGUACCUACACGGUAUUGUAAUUCACUUUAGAAGAUUCUUAAUAAUAGAUCGAUAAGAUAUUGAUAAUAAAUCUAUUCGACAUUUAA